GGAAGGCGCGCCAAGCAAACAGCGGCUCAGCGAAUUUUCUUUAAAAAAUGUCAGAUGACGGAAGUGAAGUGUUAACUCGAGAGAAAAUAUUGGAACCUGGCAGCAGUGUUUCAGCUUCUGAGAGAGCAAUGCAAAAUGAAAAGAGAGAAGCAAUACUAUCGCAAGAUGAUGAGAGACAACGUUCUGAAAGCUCUAGCAACGAACAGGAAGGGGACCAGAUGUCCUCAGGGCACCCUUCAAAUGUAGAACAUUCCAGUGGAGACAUAACUACAGAUGUUCCUACCGACUACAGUGAGUCUGUGAGCCUUGAACCAGAACCUGGAUCUGAAGAACUGAAUGAAAAUAAUGCCCCAGACAUGAAUUCAUCUCCUAAAGGAAGUGGAUGGACAACUUGGGGAUCAUGGGGCAAAUCUCUGCUUUCAACAGCUUCUGCUACAGUUGGCCAUGGGCUAACAGCAGUUAAGGAAAAAGCAGCCACUCUCAGAAUUCAUGUCCCGGGAACGCCAGAAGAUGUACAUCCUUCUGACCCAGCAGAAAGCCCCAUCCCAGACAUGGACGAGACCACACAGAACAGCUCUUCAGAGAACACACCUUUGCCUUCAUCUCCUUCUGCAUCACGUGGAAUGUUCUCAACCAUCAGUAGUGCUGUACAGAACACCGGCAAGAGCGUCUUAACUGGUGGCCUUGAUGCUUUGGAGUUCAUUGGCAAGAAAACUAUGAACGUCCUUGCAGAAAGUGAUCCUGGAUUUAAAAAAACCAAAACAUUGAUGGAGCGAACUGUUUCCUUAUCUCAGCUGUUGCGAGAAGCCAAAGAGAAAGAGAAGCAAAGGCUGGCCCAGCAAGUGACAUUUGAAAGGACGGCACAUUAUGGGCUGCUGUUUGAUGAAUUUCAGGGUCUGUCUCACCUGGAAGCUCUAGAAAUUCUGUCUAAUGAAAGUGAAGCCAAGAUACAAUCAUAUUUAACAUCCCUUGAAGGAGAGGAAUUGGAAAAAACAAAACAUGCUUUAAUUGCUAUUAAAGCAAUCUUUCUUCCAGAAGAGUCAGAAAAUGAAGACAACGAAGGAAAGAAAGAUGCGGGAGAUGAGUUUGUGACCAUGCUUACAGAAUUGCUCUUUGAAUUACAUGUUGCUGCCACUCCUGACAAACUUAACAAGGCUAGAAAGAAAGCUUAUGAUUACCUGGAACAAGCUAGACUCCCCGAAUCUAUAGAAAAAAUGGAAGAGAACAGAGAAGAGAAAACGAAAGUAGAUGAAGCAAACCAAGAAGGUGAAGAAAAGCCUCAAACAGGUGAAUCUGAAGACACAGAAGAAACAAAGAACAAAACUGUAGAGGAAAUUUACAUGUUGUCUAUUGAAAGCCUUGCUGAGGUAACAGCCCGUUGUAUUGAACAGCUCCACAAAUUAGCAGAAUUAAUCCUUCAUGGGCAAGAAGUUGAGAAGCCUGCCUUGGAUCAAGCAAAAGUUCUAACAAAUUUAACAAGUACAAUGUGUAAUGAAGUUUCUUCCCUGUCGAAAAAUUUUGCUGAUUCCUUAACUUCAGUUGGGAGUGACAAAAAAGCUGAAGUCCUUAACCCAAUGGUCAACAGCGUACUAUUAGAGGGUUGUAACAGCACCACUUACAUCCAAGAUGCUUUCCAGUUAUUGCUUCCAGUUCUCCAGAUCUCUCAUCUCCAGAAUGACUGUUCAGAAACACUACAGUGACCACUUUGCAUUUAAAAGAACCAUCAGCCUAAUAAUGUCUUGGUUGUGUUUACAGUUCAAAAAUAUGUCUGAUGCCUUUAAAAGACACUAAAUGCAAUUUUGCACAUGCAGAAUGAGUAACACUCUUGUAUUUAGGUAAACCUAUUUAAACAUACAGUUUCAUAAUAGGGGGGGGGGAACUGUCAUAUUCCUUGUAUUAAUUUAAGGUAAAACGUGUUUAUUUCUGUUUUA